AACGCGAUUGAGCCCCAUGCAGCAUCUGAGCUAAGAUCCACCUCGCCAUCCUUGUCCCAAGUGUGAAUCCGGGCCGUGGCCGAAUGCCUUUUUCUUUCCUUUUCUUUUCUUUCGUACGUUUCCCUCUGCCAUGCGUGUGGUCAAAGAUGCCGUACCGCGGUGUUUCCACUGGUGAGGGGUUCGAUCGAUCCUCACAUUGUAGUGGGACGACGCUGGCACAGUCAGAACAAGCAGGUUAGAAGAUCGUUACACCGCGCACGCGAGUGAGGGAAAGCUAUGCUGGGGCGAUCGGGGUCGGGAUCUACUGUGUUCUACGGUAUCAUACCCCUACGGCACCAGCAUCGGGCAACAUUCCUACCAGCGGGGGUUGGUGGUAAGUGGGUCUUUUAAGGAAAAUAUUUUCCGACCCUUCUCUUUGUGUCCGAAUCAGCACUGCUCAAGCGACGGGCGGUGGGAGAGGGGGUGAUGGAAAACGACUAAGGCUGGUACCGGUAUCCAGCACGAAGAAAUUCUCGUGAGUAUGUAAUCGGGGCAUUGGGAAUUGAUUUCCCCCCUCGAGACCCUUACUACAAUUCUAACUACUGCACGUCUAUUAGCCUCCGUGUGGAAGGUAUUCACUCGAGUGCUUCCAGGCAGGUCUGAUGAAGCGUCCAUGAGGUGGCUUAGGAUUCACGUAAGAAAUGAUAUUCUCGGAGGGAAUUGGUGAGGGGAUGCAGACAUUUCCGAUGGUGGUGGGGGCGGCAGUUCCCCGAUAAAUGUCCGCCAUGAUCUUUGGUAGGAAGCAGAAGAAAAAAAAAAGGGCCCCCAAUCUUUUGAAUUAUUCCCCGUAUGGCGUGGUGCUCGUACAGUAAUAAUACGGUACGGUAAUAAGCUCUCGAGAUGCAGCUUCUGAUGUAUCGCCUCUGCUUCUAUGAUACCAGCCCUACCAGAUCCAGUUACCCUCGCUUGAACUUUUUUUUUUUUUCUUUCUUCCCUUCUCGUCCUGUCAUCGAAUUUUUGACCAAUUUUUUCUUCCCCACGUUCAUCCCAUUCUAGCGGUAUGUAAGGGUUUGCGUGUCGUCUCUCUAGUAGUUUAUAUUCAAUGCCGAAUCCUCCUUCCUCUUGCUCCUUCUUCUCCUUUCCUCCCCCUUUUUUUAAAUCUCUCUUUUGUCUAGGGUUUGGUCUAUUCCCUUCUCUGCUCUCCUGAUCUUUUUUUUUUUCCAUCAUAUUGUCAUAAUAUCACGAUUCCGAUAUCUAGCGUCCUUCCCCACCUUCCUACAAAGCUCAUCUAAACAGGCCCCUCCAUUGGAGCUCUCUCUCCUUCCCCCCUCUAUCCCGGCUGCCACUACCCCACCAUCACAUACCUCCUCUUUCCUAAAGGAAAAAUAUUGUCUCGGGGGUGGGGUUUAUUUCAUUCUAUUUUAUUUUAGAAAAGGAAAAAAAGAGACUCAGACCGGACGAGCUCGUACCUGCCUCUCCCCCUCUCCCUUCAGAAGUAAAACAACGACGAAAACAGGUUGGCAAUGACAGGAUCUGAAGAUGGCCAGGCCAGGACUGCGGUUGCGCCUUUCCCACCGGUAGCCGCCCAGUUUGUUGGACGAGAUGGCGAAAUGUUAGGGCAUGAGCGUCUCAUGACCCUAGAAUUGGAGGACGGGAGUGCCUACCAAGGGUAUUCUUUCGGGGCCGAGAAGAGUAUUUCCGGGGAAUUAGUCUUCCAGACUGGUAUCUAUCUUGCCCCUUUUUUGAAAUCGAGGUUUCCACGACUAUGGGAUCUAACUUGGACCAUCUCAGGUAUGGUGGGAUACCCGGAGUCUGUAACGGACCCUUCGUAUCGUGGACAGAUAUUGGUUAUAACAUUCCCCCUGGUAGGAAACUACGGUAUGCCAUGGAUUCCCUCCGCAAGCGGCUCACGGCACUUGGUUGAUAAUAAUUGCUAGGUGUUCCGGAUAGGAAGGCACAAGAUGAGUUGCUCGGCUCUCUUCCGUCGUACUUCGAGUCGAGGCAAGUUCACAUUGCGGGAUUGAUCGCGGCUUCGUAUUCAGGAGAAGACUACAGCCAUUACCUAGCGAAGAGCUCUCUGGGAACAUGGUUCAAGGAACAGGGAGUCCCGGCCAUCUAUGGUGUCGACACUCGGGCGCUCACCAAGAAGAUUCGGACGCAGGGGAGCAUGCUUGGAAAGCUGUUGCUGCAGAAGACCGGCAGCGUUGGGAAGAUGUUGUCGAACGGUCUUGGCUCCUUAAUUGGCGCCAAGCCCCCCAUAGACCACGACUGGAGGCAGAAUUUUGAAUCCCAGGAAUGGGUAGACCCUAAUGCCAAAAAUCUUGUGGCUGAAGGCUAGUGACUGAUCCUUCGAGCUCCUGAGCAAUUGCUGUCUAACCCGAGUUGAGCAGUGUCCAUCCGGAAGCCCCAAAUCUUUUCACCUCCUGCGGAUAGGGCUCUCAAGAGGCCGGACGGGAAGCCAAUUCGGAUUGUAUGUGUCGAUGUUGGUAUGAAAUUCAAUCAGCUCAGGUGCCUCCUCUCCCGUGGUAUCGAGGUAGAGGUUGUGCCAUGGGACUACGAUUUUCUAAAGGAGGAGGGAAACUAUGACGGUCUAUUCAUCAGUAACGGGCCUGGCGACCCGGCCACCCUAAAGACUACCGUAGACAGACUUCGAACGGCAAUUGAAACUAUCAAGACCCCCAUCUUCGGUAUCUGUCUAGGACACCAACUUCUCGCCCGAGCAGCCGGCGCAGAGACUACUAAGAUGAAAUUUGGUAACCGUGGGCACAACAUCCCGUGCACCAACUUACGCUCUGGGCGAUGCUACAUCACCUCCCAGAAUCACGGCUUCGCGGUAAACGCUAAGAGUCUGAAGGAUGGAUGGCAGGAACUAUUUGUUAAUGCCAACGAUGGCUCGAACGAGGGUAUAUGGCAUACACAGAAACCGCUUUUCAGUGUUCAGUUCCACCCCGAGAGCACACCCGGACCCAAGGAUACCGAAUGGCUUUUUGAUGUCUUCAUAAGUGCUAUUCAGAAGACACAGGGCCCUAACGGGAAAGCUGCGCUGAGCCGGCCAGUUGAGAUUCCCGGUGGGCUCAUUGAGGAUAACGAGAACGCAAACCCGAAGGCCAAGGUCAAGAAGGUGUUGGUAUUGGGAAGUGGAGGUCUCAGUAUCGGACAAGCUGGAGAGUUUGAUUACUCUGGGAGUCAGGCGAGUACACUAUUUUCGAUGGCCGUCUGAUAGGGGCUAAUAGAACUGCGUUGUUUAGGCUAUCAAAGCGCUUAAGGAGGAGGGCAUCUACACUAUCCUUAUUAAUCCUAAUAUCGCAACGAUCCAAACAUCGAAGGGUUUGGCAGACAAGGUGUAUUUUUUGCCCGUGACUGCUGAGUUCGUCCGAAAGGUCAUCCAGUAUGAGCGCCCGGACUCCAUCUAUGUCACUUUCGGCGGCCAAACAGCUCUUCAAGUUGGUAUUCAGCUGAAGGAUGAGUUUGAAGGAUUAGGUGUGAAGGUUUUGGGUACACCUAUCGAGACCAUCAUCACGACCGAGGACCGAGAGCUUUUUGCCCGAGCAAUGGAAGAAAUUGGAGAAAAGUGUGCUAAGUCUGCCUCUGCAUCCUCCGUCGAGGAGGCUAUGACUGUGGUGAAGGAUAUUGGGUUCCCUGUCAUUGUCCGUGCUGCCUAUGCCCUUGGUGGGCUAGGUAGUGGUUUUGCCUACAAUGAGGAUCAGCUCCGGGAUCUGUGCAAUAAGGCCUUUGCUGCCAGUCCGCAGGUUUUGAUUGAGAAGAGUAUGAAGGGGUGGAAGGAGAUUGAGUAUGAGGUUGUCAGAGAUUGCCGUGACAAUUGUAUUACCGUGUGUAAUAUGGAGGUGGAGUAUCCCCUGCUUGAGGUGUGGUUUUACAAAGUUGGAAGUGAUUGCUCAUACUGCACUGUAGAACUUCGAUCCCCUUGGCAUCCAUACUGGUGACUCGAUUGUCGUUGCCCCCUCUCAGACUCUUUCUGAUGAGGAUUAUAACAUGCUUAGAACGACGGCGGUAAACGUCAUUCGUCACCUGGGAGUUGUCGGAGAAUGCAAUAUUCAAUACGCCUUGAAUCCAUUCUCGAAGGAAUAUUGCAUUAUCGAAGUAAAUGCUCGUCUAUCUAGAUCCUCGGCAUUGGCAUCGAAGGCCACUGGUUACCCCCUCGCAUUCAUUGCGGCAAAGUUGGGUCUUGGGAUUCCUUUGAAUGAAAUCUCAAACUCUGUCACAAAGGUCACUUGUGCUUGCUUCGAGCCUUCCCUUGAUUAUGUGGUGGUAAAGAUCCCUCGUUGGGACUUGAAGAAGUUCACUCGUGUAUCCACCCUUCUUAGCUCCUCCAUGAAGAGUGUCGGGGAAGUUAUGAGUAUUGGUCGAACGUUCGAGGAGGCGAUCCAGAAAGCAAUCCGCGCCAUUGACUACCACAAUCUUGGUUUCAAUCAAACAAAAGCGUUGAUGAGUAUCGAUCAGGAGUUGCAGACCCCUUCUGAUCAGAGAUUGUUUGCGAUUGCCAACGCUAUGCACUCUGGGUAUACCGUCGAGAGGAUCUGGGAGCUCACCCAGAUUGACAAGUGGUUCUUAAAUAAGCUCAUGGGGCUUACCAAUUUCGGGAGAUUGAUGUGCAAGUACAACGCUUCUAGCAUUCCUACCCCCCUCUUUAGGCAGGCGAAGCAGUUGGGAUUCUCUGAUAGGCAAUUGGCAGAGUUUUGGGGUUCCAAUGAGGUUUCUGUGAGGAGAUUAAGGGUUGAGGAGGGGAUUAUGCCCACUGUAAAGCAGAUUGAUACUGGUAGGUUACUUGGGAAAUCCUCCGCAAGGAGUUACACUAAUUUGAUUUAGUUGCGGCCGAAUUUCCUGCCUUCACUAACUACCUUUACCUCACCUACAACGGUGUUGAGCAUGAUGUGGAAUUCGAGGAUAAGGGUGUCAUGGUCCUUGGGUCCGGCGUUUAUAGAAUUGGAUCUUCCGUUGAGUUCGAUUGGUGCGCAGUCCGUGCGGUUAGGACUCUCCGUGAGAAGGGGGUCAAGACCAUCAUGGUCAACUACAACCCGGAGACUGUUAGCACCGAUUAUGAUGAAGCCGACAAACUCUUCUUCGAAAACAUUAACCUGGAGACAAUUCUCGACAUUUACCAGCUUGAACAAUCCAGCGGUGUAAUCAUCGCUAUGGGUGGCCAGACACCAAACAACAUUGCUCUCCCUCUUCACCGCCUAAACGUCAAGAUCCUGGGAACAUCACCGGAAAUGAUCGACAGUGCGGAAAACCGAUAUAAAUUUUCCCGUCUGCUUGAUAGAAUCGAGGUCGAUCAGCCAGCAUGGAAGGAGCUGACAAGCAUUGAAGAAGCUGAAGAGUUUUGCGACAAAGUCACUUAUCCUGUCUUGGUCCGUCCCUCAUACGUCCUUUCGGGUGCCGCCAUGAACACUGUCUACUCCAAGGAUGACCUUGCCUCGUACCUCAGACAAGCAGCCGACGUUUCUCGAGAGCAUCCUGUUGUCAUCACUAAAUAUAUCGAGAAUGCAAAGGAGAUCGAGAUGGAUGCAGUAGCUAAGGAUGGCAAAAUGCUGAUGCACUUUAUCUCUGAGCACGUCGAGAAUGCUGGUGUCCAUUCUGGCGACGCUACUCUCAUCAUUCCCCCUCAAGAUUUGGAUCCCGAGACUGUACGCAGAAUCGAAGAGGCUACUGGGAAGAUCGGAAAUGCCCUCAACGUUACUGGUCCGUUUAACAUUCAAUUCAUCGCUAAGGAUAACGAGAUUAAGGUGAUUGAGUGCAAUGUCCGAGCUUCCCGGUCGUUCCCAUUCGUAUCGAAGGUUAUGGGUGUCGAUCUUAUCGAGAUGGCUACAAAAGCAAUCUUGGGCUUCCCGGUUGAUGCUUAUCCUAAAAUAGAUAUCCCAAAGGACUAUGUUGGAAUUAAGGUUCCCCACUUCAGUUUCUCUCGCCUGUCUGGAGCUGAUCCUGUUCUUGGUGUUGAGAUGGCGUCUACCGGAGAGGUUGCUUGCUUUGGCCGCGACAAAUCUGAGGCCUAUAUCAAGGCACUUAUGUCCACUGGUUUCCGCCUCCCUAAGAAGAACAUAUUGCUAUCCAUUGGUUCUUUCAAGGAGAAGAUGGAGAUGCUCCCUUCAGUGAAGAAGCUUUACCAGCUGGGCUACAAACUCUUCGCAACAGCUGGUACUGCGGAUUUCAUCCAAGAGCACGGGAUACCCGUACAAUACCUUGAGGUUUUGGGCGAGCAAGAUGAGACCAACGGGCAGAAAACUGAGUACUCUCUCACUCAGCAUUUAGCAAACAAUCUUAUCGACCUUUACAUCAAUCUACCUUCCAAUAACCGAUUCCGCAGGCCCGCUUCUUACAUAUCUCGAGGCUAUCAGACCAGACGUAUGGCCGUUGACUACCAUACCCCAUUGGUCACCAACGUUAAGAACGCGAAACUCUUGAUUGAAGCACUUUCACGCAAUCACAAGUUGAAAAUCGAUGGCCUUGAUUACCAGACAAGUCACCGCACCGUCACUCUUCCGGGCCUUAUCAACAUUGCCGCUUUCGUCCCUGGCUUAGCUAAGGAGGGGAGCAAGGACUUCGAACUGGUCACUCAUGAAUCCGUUGCCUCCGGUUUCUCCAUGAUCCGCGUUCUUCCAUUGGGCAUCGAGGACAGUCUCACAGAUGCUAAGGCUCUUGAGGCGGCAUUAGCUAACAGUAAAUUGGCACACUGUGACUUCAACUAUUCUGUAGCAGCAACUUCCACCAAUUCACAACAAUUGAAUCCUCUCACCUCUCGGGUGGGAUCGCUCUUCAUACCCUUCAACCACCUCUCUGGCAACAUCAAUAAGGUUGCUACGGUGACAUCUCACUUUGCGGUAUGGCCAGCGCUUAAACCUAUCAUGACUGACGCAAAAACUACGGAUCUGGCUUCGAUACUCCUGCUUGCAAGUCUACACAAUCGUAACGUACAUGUCACCAGCGUCACAACUAAGGACGAUAUCAAGUUGAUCGCGUUGAGCAAGGAGAAGGGACUAAAGGUCACUUGCGAUGUUGCUGUUUACGCACUAUUCCUAUCUCAGAAUGACUAUCCUACCUGCCCCGCUCUCCCAACCACCGAAGACCAAAAGGCUCUCUGGGACAACCUUGCCAUUAUCGACUGUUUCUCUGUCGGUAGUUUGCCUUUCCAGCUUGCUCAUGACAUGAGACAGGAUGGCAGCGUAGCCUUCGGUAUCGCAGACACACUUCCACUUCUGAUCACCGCUGUUUGUAACGGGCGAUUGACAAUCGAUGAUCUUAAGAUCAGACUGCACGAUAACCCCAAGACUAUCUUCGACCUUCACGACCAGCCAACCUGCUCCGUCGAGAUUGAGAUGGAUAGAUCUUAUAAGGUACAACUAGGCCAUGUCUGGUCUCCCCUUGUUGGCCGCACACUUAAGGGGACCGUGCAGAGGGUCACUUUUAAGGGCAAGACUGUCGCCUUGGAUGGACAUAUUAGCAGCGAUGGGUCCUACGGUACUGCCGCCUCCGUUGCCAACCCCGCUGCCACAACUUCCGUAAAAUCCCCCCAAUUGCGACCUGAGAGUUCGCAUGGCCGCCAGAACCUUUUGAGUCCAAGACUGGUUGGCCGUACUCUGUCAUCAGCCCUGGAUUCCCUACCUGCUCUCCAAACCCCAUCAAGCCCUCUCGCCAACCAUUCUGAGACACCGUCCCACCUUCAGCUAUCCUCACCAAUGAUCUCAGCAUCGCUUUCGGAGCUGCUUUCUCGAGAUUCCAUGUUCAAGCGUCGCCACAUCUUAUCAGUCAAUCAGUUUAGCCGCGCAGACUUGCAUCACCUCUUCACGGUUGCGCAAGAGAUGAGACUCGCGGUGGAGAGAUGGGGUGUGAUUGACCUUCUCCGGGGAAGACUGCUAUGCACAAUGUUCUUCGAGCCGUCUACCAGGACCUCAGCAUCGUUCGAUGCAGCUAUGCAGCGGCUGGGUGGAAGGACCGUGGCUAUCUCCGCUGCUCACUCGAGUUUGAAGAAGGGAGAAACUCUCAAGGACACAAUACGAACUUUGGCUUGCUAUGGGGACGCCGUUGUCCUGAGACAUCCCGCGGAAGACAGUGCUGCUGAGGCGGCGAGAUUCUCGCCAGUCCCCAUCAUCAACGGAGGUAUCUUUCCGCUGAUCGCUUGGAUCGUUUGAACGACACUAACAACUAAAUAGGAAAUGGAAGUCUCGAACACCCGACUCAAGCAUUCCUCGAUUUGUUCACUAUCCGUGAGGAGCUGGGAACUGUCAAUGGGCUGACCAUCACCUUUGUUGGCGAUCUCAAAUUCGGCCGCACGGUUCACUCUCUCGCCAAGCUAUUGCAGCACUAUCAUGUUCGCAUCAACUUUGCCUCCCCCUCACAACUCUCAAUGCCAACCGCCGUCCGUGAUUCUCUCAAGAAGGCUGGAAUGGAGGUGAAAGAGUACCACGAACUCACACCGGACCUUGUUGCCAGCUCAGACGUACUUUAUUGUACUCGCGUCCAAAAGGAGAGAUUCGUGGAUUUGAACGAGUUUGAAAAGUUGAAGGAUAGCUUCAUUGUCGACCACUCGGUUCUGAAGAAUGCGAAGAGUCACAUGGUUGUCAUGCACCCAUUGCCUAGGAACGCCGAGAUUGGUGAGGAGGUGGACUAUGACCAGAGGGCAGCGUACUUUAGACAGGUGCGGAUAGCUCACUCUCCCCAAUUCCAGUUGGAUGGUGCUAAUGGGGCGCUAGAUGAGAUAUGGACUUUACUGCAGGAUGGCUUUGCUAGCUUUGGUUCUCACUUGAUUGCUCUCGGGUUAUUGUUUAUGAAUUUCGACGCUGGUUAUUCGACGAGGUCUCUAAAAAGUUUUUUUUUUCCUUCUUCACAUUUUUCCUCAUUACGGUUAGGCGUUUGUAAGAUAAUAUCAUACCUUAUCAAU